UCUUUUUGUCAUGUCUCAUUUCUUCUUGUAAUUUCUAAUUCUGAAAGAGAGAUUUACGCUCUUACUCACACUUGGUCAGCAUUGUCAAUGGCGCUUCACUGUCUUUCGCCCGUUUUUCCAAAACUAACUAUUUUCAGCAUGAGGGAUUUAGAUAACCCUCGUCUUCUCUAUAACCCCUUUUUCUUCAUCCUGCUUUUCUUCUCUUCCAAGAAGAAUUUCUUCCCAUUCAUCUCUUUCUUCUUUUUUCUUCCUCCCGCACUGUCUCGGCAUCAAUAUUCCUUCUUGCUUUUCACAACUAGCGCGAUUUCACCGGCAGGGCAUUUGGGAUUGUGUUUCUUUCCUUUAAUGCCCUGAGUGAUAUGUACGCUUGAAUCGACUUUCAUUUCAACACCUGCAAGCCCAGAGAAGCUGUCAACUCAAACGACACCAUGUCUGGUUCUUUCAAGCAGAAACUGAGGAAUUCCUUGACGAAAAAGGGUAGGCGAAGCAGCAAGGUCAUGUCCAUUGAAAUAGAGGAUGUCCACGAUGCUGAGGAGUUGAAAAUAGUUGAUGAGUUCCGUCAAGCUCUUAUUUUGGACGAACUACUCCCUGCAAAACACGAUGAUUACCAUAUGAUGCUUAGAUUCCUCAAGGCCAGAAAGUUUGAUGUUGAGAAAACAAAGGAAAUGUGGACUGAAAUGCUCAAAUGGAGGAAGGAGUUUGGUGCUGACACUAUUCAGGAGGACUUUGAUUUCAAAGAAAUUGAUGAAGUUUUGCAAUAUUAUCCCCAAGGACACCAUGGAGUGGACAAAGAGGGAAGGCCUGUAUAUAUCGAGAGACUAGGCCAAGUCGAUGCCGGGAAAAUGAUGCAAGUCACAACCAUGGAUCGCUAUAUCAAAUACCAUGUAAAGGAGUUCGAGAGGACAUUUGAUGUGAAGUUUGCAGCUUGUUCGAUUGCUGCAAAGAAGCACAUCGAUCAAAGUACAACUAUCCUCGAUGUGCAGGGAGUGGUAAGAGAAAUAGUUAAUCAUAUGCGCCAAGAAUGAAGUCAUAAUUUAUUAAAAAAAAUUGGCAUUUCAACAUAGCGUAGCUUAAAUGAGAAAAUGUUAAAAGCCGAGAGAUAGUAUUUUAUCGGAUUGAAAAUGAAUCCUAACAUGAAUAGCAGAGA